AUGCCAGCCCGGGCCCCGGAGAGGCCGUCCAUGCCGGGCCACGCCUCCCCCGGGCCCCGGAGAGCCCGGCGACGCCAGACCACGCGAGCCUGGGCCCCGGAGAGGCGGCCACGCCGGGCCACGCCAGCCCGGGCCUCGGAGAGCCCUGCCACGCCGGGCCACGCCAGCCCGGCCCCGGAGAAGCCGGCCACGCGGCGCCACGCCAACCCCGGGCCCCGGAGAGCCCGGCCACGCCGGGCCACGCCACCCCCGGGCCCGGAGAGGCGGCCACGCCGGGCCAGGCCAGCCCGGGCCCCGGAGAGCCCGUCCACGCCGGGCCACGCAAUCCCGGCCCCGGAGAGGCCGUACACGCCGGGCUACGCCAAACGCGGGCCCCGGAGAGGCGGUCACGCCGGGCCACGCCAGCCCGGUCCCCGGAGAGGCCGUCCACGCCGGGCAAAGCCACCCCCGGGCCCCGGAGGGCCCGGCGUCGCCGCGCCACGCCAACCCGGGCCACGGAAAUGCCG